UUUAACUUAGUUCGAAAAGUUUCCUUAACCACCCCACCCCACCCCUGCCCACUCUGAUCAUCGUCAUUCGCACUGCAUCAUUUACGCCUAAGACUCGCCUCAACUAGCCCUUGCCCCGCAGUGGCUUGUCAUUCAUUACGUCCAUUCCGUCCAAUUGCUCAUUACUCAUACUCCCUCAUACUUUCAAUACUCCCACUCUCAUACUCUCAUACUCCCAUACUCCCAUCAUACUCCCAACCUUACCUGCUCCCUAAAUCAAUUUUAACCUUUAUCCGCUUCAUCGAUCGAGCUGCUAGUCAAUAAUAGACAAUAAUAAGCUUUGGUCCGUCGAAGCGCCAACGAUGUCCGCGUACGACCCGUACGAUGCUCCCCCGCGCGAGUAUUCCCGCCGGUACCACCAUGACGAAAGGCGUGACAGGGCAAGUCCCCGCUACACCGAGACUCAGGAAACCUACUACAGAGUAAACCCGAAUAGUAGGAAUGCGCUUGUCCCUAGAGCGCGCGAAGAUAGUGAGUUGUCAGUCGAGGAAAUCCACCGAGACUUCCCUCCUCCUGGUUACUCCCGGGAUGUCCGUAGAACCCGAUCGGCUGAACCUGGUUACGAUGAUUACUACUAUGAAGGCCGUCGCUCCUACGAUACUGCGCCUAAGGAGCGCCGUCACAAGAAACCUGGUAGCGUCUAUUACGAGGAAGAGGAGAGAAGCCGCAACCGCGUUCUAUCCAAGCAAGAAAAGAUCAUUGCCGCCGUCGCCGGAGGUCUCCUUGCCGCUGGCGCUAAGGAGCUUUGGGAUCGUCGCGAAGCUGAGAAGGAAGGUGUCGAUGUUCACCGCAAUGUAGCCGCCUCCGCCGCUCUUGGCGCAGCUGGCGCUUUUGCUGGUUACCAGGGAGCCGAUUACUAUAACAAGCAUUCUAGUAAGGAGGAUAAAAAGUCAACCUACAUCGUUCAUAAGGGUCGGGAUGGCCGUGUCGUCGAGUACUACUCCGACGACGAAGAUGAAGACCCAAGGGACCACAAGGGCAAUAAGUCUUUUCUUGAGAAUGCACUGGCUGCCGCUGGUCUCGGGGGUGCUAUUAAAGCUCUAACUGGCGGUGCCGGCUCUGAUAAGGAUUCGAGAAGCCGCCAUGGAAGCCGCCGUGGUAGCCCAGACUCGUACCGUUCGCGAGACAGCAGAAAAAGUUCACGGGAUACCCCUGCGGCUAGAAUGCAAAAGGCUGCCAAGGCCUCACUCGUCGCCGGUGCCGCAGAGGCUUUCCGAGUUGCUAAGGAACCAGGUGGUUGGAAGGGAGAGAAGAUGAAGCGAGUUCUUACCGCAGCUGCAGGUGCUGCAACUAUCGACGCUGCCCACGAUCCUUCAAAGGACAGCAAGCGCCACCUUGUCGAAGCUGUUGUCGGUGGUCUUCUCGGCAAUCGCAUGUUGCAUGGCUCUAGAAAAGACAUUGAAGAAGAUCGGAGGACAGGCCGGAGCAGAUCCCGUUCUCGUGCUCGAUCCGAGGGCGGCUCAGGGGGAAGCGGUCUCGCGGCAUUAGCGACCGCAGGUUUAGGCGCUUUGACCGCCAAGAAACUCGUUGGCAGCCGAAGCCGAUCCCGAUCACGCCGGGGAGACAGUGUCGACUCAUAUGAUAGUCGCAGCCCUUCCCCACGCAGGCGUCGCAGUAGCCGUAGUCGCAGCCGUAGCGUUGUCGACAAAGCGCGGCGUAGUCUUGCUAAGAUCGGCAUCGGUAGCGACCCAGAUCACCGCGAUGAUGAUAGUUACUAUGAUGACCGGCCGUCUCGCAAGAGUCGUCACAGGAGCUCCUCAGGCGGUCGUUAUGACGACGAUGAUGAUCAUAAGUCUCGGGCCUACAUGAGAGGUGGACGAGGCCCCGCGACUCACGAUUCUUAUGAUGAUUAUGAUGAGGAGGAGCGGUCUAUCGGUGGUGGAAGAUCACGUAGUGGAUCACGCUCAAGAAAAGGUAGGUCUAGUUCCGCUUCCAGUAGCGAUCUUGGAGAUUCAGAUGAAGAUAAGAAAAUGACGUCGAAGAUGCGACGUAAACAACUCGUUACGACGGGAUUGGCAGCUGUCGCUACUAUCCACGCCGCCCACAACGUGUAUGGCAGCAUGGGACAGCGCGAUGCAAGGCAUAGAGCAGUCAAGGAAGGCAAAUUAAGCCCAGAGGAGGCCAGGAAGCUGAGGACUAAGGCACUUCUGCAAGAUGCGGCUUCGGUAGGCAUCGCGGCUAUGGGCGUCAAGGGCGCUAUCUCGGAACUCAAGGAAGCUCGAGAACAGGCCAAGGCAGUUACUGAGUGGAAAGAGGAAAGGCAGCGACGCCACGAAAGGCGACUGGAGCGACUGAAGCGGGCAAAUUCCAGCUAUAGUGGCAGGUCCAGGGCUGACAAUUGGAAUUCUUCAGCUCCACCGAAAGAAAAUCGGUAUGAAGAGGGUCCUCGUUACACCGAUGGGAAUCCCUACUCUGCUGCUUUGCCCGCUCCCCCGUUGGGCUACGACAGAAGAUGAUAGGUUGCGUGGACAGACCAUCCACCAUCACUUUCACGUGGACCUUAAAUCGCUGUGCGCCUAAUCACAUACACGUAUGGUCUGACAGUAUACACGUCUGCCUCAUACCUCCUUACGAUCUACGACAUAUUAUGAAUUAUGAUUUUGGAUAAUACAAAAUUUUAAAAGAAGGCGUUCGAGAUAGGUUAAAAUUUAUCUGCCUCGAACAAUUAUGAAACUAACCUCGGUCGUUUUUUUUGUUUGUUUGAGAUAGAAACACAGUCUCGUUGUCGUGUUGCAUCUCAUCUGAAUCUCAUCUGAAUCUCCUAACGAUGCGCAAAAUUUUAUGAAUACCUACAUAACUUGAGCUUUUUUACUGAUAUUAAUUGGUUUUGUGACAGAUGGGCGUCACCACCGCCACCGCCACGACAAUUAAUGUGUACACGUCCGGCUUUAAUGCA